AAAUUUAGUGCAUAUCCAGGGAAUCAUUACACCCGUAUAAUACAUUUCUGCAUCAAAACGUCCGGACCAAUUCAUAAAACAACUCUAACAAGCCUUGAAGGAUUUAUUAGCGAGGUUAAAAUGUUCCAUACAACAAGAUGCCGGGCAGGCGUCCAACGGAAUUCUUGGUUUGGAGUGUGACCAAAUGGAUCAUAUUUGAUUGAGCUUAACAUAGAACUGUGAAAAAAAUGCACAGAGUGAUAGUGUUUGUUUACAUUUUGAUUACCAUUUUCUGCACGUUCCCUUGCAAAUGCGGAAAGAAUGACACCUGUAGAAAUUUCAAACGUAGACACAUUCUGAAAAUGACGUGUAACAAUGGCGGGAAACUUUUCUUACCGGAAGUGGUUGGAUUCUAUGGAAAAGACUGUGGUCUUUGUCAGGGACAGUCGGCACAACUCCUCACACAUAAAUACAACUGUUCCUGGAGAAAACGCUGUAAAAUCAAACUCAACAACAGGCGUAUGGUUACAGGCUGUUAUAGGAACAUGAAGUCUGUGAAAGUUUUGAAAAGUCCAUGCAUCCAAAAUGGAACUAAAAUAUAUGAUUUAAUCACAACAAAAACACUUCAUGGAAAUAGUCCUGUGUACUACCUUCCUGAAACAACAAUCAUCGUAAGAAGUCAUCGAAAUUUUCCUUGGAAUUAUAGAUAUCUAACAAAUCAUCCUCUUCAUCGUCUCAGAUUCAAUAUCCGGAUGGAAAACAUCGGUCGAAAAAUUGUGCUUUCUGUUGUUCAUCUCGACAUUCACUCAGCUACAGACAAAAUAUACGUCAUUUACAACAAGGUUAUAAACAUUACAAAUGAAAAGGAUCUUGAAAUAGACAUUGACAACAUCUCAUACUUUGAUAUUGAGUUGAACUCUACCUCUUUUAUUUCGAAUACAGCCAGAGCCGACGGAUUUGUGCUGUGCUUGAAAAUGAUGAAUAAAACGUCCCAGAAUUUUAAUUCAAUUUGUGAAGACGUCAUCAGAUAUGAUCAACUACAAAUUUCAUUGCUCAAAUCAUCUUUUAGGAAACGUAUAAAAGGCAAGAAGGGACGAAGGUGUUGCCGAAGAAAAACCAGUGCAAAGAGAUUUACAGCUUAACUUUUUUCUUACUAU